CUCUUCCCUAAUGGUGAUUAUCGCAAGCUAACAUGUCAUAGUCAAAUGGAUAUCUCGGGUCGGCAGUUCUGGCGUUGCAAAACCCAGAUUUUGUGUCCAAAUCCAGUAGCACGAGGGAUGUUAAGAGCCCCCUUUCCACUGAUGCCGAAAUCACGUACAACACCAUAUGGCGCUUCCUCGCUGUACGGGAUUAUGUCGACGUCAACCACAAUCUGACUGCAUGGGGCAAGACCCUUCUUGCGGUCAUGACUUCCCUGAAGGGAAAUGCUGACCUUGAAGAGGCUGCUCUUGCAGCUGUUGAGCUUCUUCGAUUGGGUGUCCUCAAUGCCGACCCUGCAAUGUUCCCCAAUUACAAUGGCGCGCCGAUACGCGGUGAGCCAAAGGACAGAGAAUUCAACCUGUUGCUUUCCCGUGUUGCUGGUUUACUUCCUCUCCACCAUAAGCCAAUUGGUUUCACAGGCCCUCUCAGCCAACAUCUACUCGGCUACAACUCGGUCAUCAACGUUGUCCGUCAAACCCUGCGAGAUCUUGUUGAAGCAAGUGCGACUCAAAUGUUGAUGGGCGGAUAUGCCAAACGUGAUAUCAAAAGCAUCCCAGCGCUUGCUAUCGAUUUACCAUUCCUUCUCCCUGUGAACUGUGCGCUCAGCGUCGCCAUGAAGUCUUAUCUCGAUGAGCUCCACAACCAGUCCGAGCCUACCUCAGCCAAGGCCAAGGAACAGGUCAGGGAAACUGUAUCAACACGCUAUUUCCCGCAAUCGGAAGACUUCGAUAACGAUCUUAAGCUAGCAUUCGAUCUCUGGGAUGCAGUUUUCCAAGGUGUCAAGACAAGCGGCAACCUUGUCAAGGAGUCCGAGAAGAAACAAUGGUCAGAGGCGGACGAAUGGUUGGCAUCUAUGCGAUGAACCAGCGGUGCAGAUUCAAUACAAAACCCUCACCAUCUCUCACACGAAGGCGAUACGAACCCCAACCUUGGGCUUGAGAAUUAGGUCUGCCAAGUUCUUACAGGCAUGCUUUGCUCCAUAGGAGAAGGCUGAUUCUUUUACAAGACAUGCUUGACAUCUAAAGCUUAAUUACAAGCGAAAGCAUAGCAACAUUGAAGCCAUAUG